AUGGCAGACCAAAGUGAUGUGGACCUCGACUCCAUCAUCGACCGACUCCUUGAGGUUCGAGGCAGCAGGCCUGGCAAGCAGGUUCAGCUGCUCGAAGCAGAGAUAAGAUUCCUGUGCACCAAGGCUCGCGAGAUCUUCAUUUCUCAGCCAAUCCUGUUGGAGCUCGAGGCUCCUAUCAAGAUCUGCGGCGACAUCCACGGCCAGUACUAUGACCUCUUGCGCCUGUUCGAGUACGGCGGCUUCCCACCAGAGGCAAACUACCUCUUCCUCGGCGACUACGUCGAUCGUGGCAAGCAGUCGCUCGAGACUAUCUGCCUGCUGCUCGCGUACAAGAUCAAGUACCCGGAGAACUUCUUCGUUCUGCGCGGCAACCACGAGUGUGCAUCGAUCAACCGCAUCUACGGAUUCUACGAUGAGUGUAAGAGGCGCUACAACAUCAAGCUAUGGAAGACAUUUACGGACUGCUUCAACUGCUUGCCUAUUGCGGCAAUCAUCGACGAGAAGAUCUUUACGAUGCACGGCGGCUUGAGCCCUGACCUCAACUCCAUGGAGCAGAUCAGGCGUGUCAUGCGUCCGACGGAUAUUCCCGACUGCGGUCUGCUCUGCGACUUGCUCUGGUCCGAUCCCGACAAGGACAUCACCGGCUGGAGCGAGAACGACCGCGGCGUUAGCUUCACCUUCGGACCGGACGUCGUCUCACGCUUCCUGCAGAAGCACGACAUGGACCUCAUCUGCCGCGCACAUCAGGUCGUGGAAGACGGGUACGAGUUCUUCUCCAAGCGCCAGCUCGUCACGCUCUUCUCUGCGCCCAACUACUGCGGUGAGUUCGACAACGCGGGAGCCAUGAUGAGUGUGGACGAGAGCCUCCUGUGCUCCUUCCAGAUUCUGAAGCCGGCGGAGAAGAAGCAGAAGUAA